UAUUAAAAGUGACAGCCAACUCGGCAACGGAACUUUUGUUAGGCGGUCGCCCCGCACCGCGAGGGGUAAAGCGUUGAGGGGGGUUGUUUUGUCUCGUGACGUGAGGGGUCUGCUCGGUCGGGUAUUGAGAAGUUGCUUUAUAACGUGGGAGUGUCUUCAACCCGCAUUGCUCGGUUGAUUUGCAUUCAAAGAGCAUCGGGAGACGAGAUUAGAUACAGUAAAGAAUAUGUCAGCUUCCGUUACUUCUCUGUUCUCCCUCAGCGGACAGACCGCCGUGGUCACUGGCGGCACGCGGGGGAUCGGGCAGGCCAUGGCCAUUGCCCUUGCUGAGGCUGGGGCAGACAUUGUGCUGGUCCAGAGAGACGAGUCGAACACCGCUACCCGGGAUGAGAUCAUCAACCGGAUCGGCCGAAAGGCUUGGAUCCAUGUUGCAGAGCUGACGAAUCGCGAAUCCGUCAAAGCCAUUAUUCCCGCGGUAGUGAAGCAGGGGAUCAAGCCCCAGAUCCUGUUGACCUGUGCUGGAAUCCAAAGAAGACAUCCGAGCGAAAAGUUCCCGGAUGAGGACUGGGAUGAGGUCCUCGAGGUCAACCUGUCGUCGGUCUUUGCUCUGUGCCGUGAAUUUGGCGCCUACCUGCUGGCUCGCGAUGCGUCUGAAUUCCCUACCGGCCGUCGCGGUUCCAUCAUCAACGUCGCUUCUCUUCUCUCCUUCCAGGGUGGUAUCACGGUGCCUGCCUACGCUGCAUCCAAGGGAGGUAUCGCACAGCUGACCAAGGCCCUGUCCAACGAAUGGAUCGCCAAGGGCAUCAACGUCAAUGCGAUCGCCCCGGGCUACAUCGCCACGGACAUGAACACUGCUCUUAUCAACGACCAGAACCGGAACGCUGGGAUCAUGGCCCGCAUCCCUGCUGGCCGAUGGGGCACUCCCGAAGAUUUCAAGGGGACGGUCGUCUAUCUGGCUAGCCCGGCUAGCGCCUAUGUUUCAGGAGAUAUUCUGUGUGUCGACGGUGGCUGGAUGGGUCGGUAAAAGAGAAAUUCGAAGAAAUAAAAAGGGGUCUGGCAAAGAUCGUAUGAUUACAGAAGUCCUCCGCCCCCCCCCCCCCCC